UCUUCUCUAUAUAUAAAUCACCCUCUUCUCCUUUUCCUUUGUCAACUAUGUUUUGUACUUACCCUUCUUCUCAUUAAUCUUCAAAAUCAUAAAACCAUAUAUGGCUUUUUUUCUUUGCUUCUUCUUUUUCUUUCUUGCUUCAUCUGCCACUGCUUGUGAUCGUUGCUUACACCAGUCCAAAGCUUCUUAUUUCAACAAAGCUUCAUCUCUUUCAUCUGGAGCAUGUGGCUAUGGUUCUUUAGCACUUGACUUUAGUGGUGGACACAUAGCAGCUGGUGUUUCUUCAAUUUUCCAUGACGGAGCUGGUUGUGGUGCUUGUUUUCAGGUAAGAUGCAAGAACCAAGCACUAUGCACAAAAGAAGGUACAAGAGUGGUAUUAACUGAUCUUAAUCACAAUAAUCAAACUGAUUUUGUUCUAAGUAGUAGAGCUUUCUCUGCCAUGGCUCAAAAAGAUAUGAGCCAACAAAUUUUGAAGCUUGGCAUUGUUGACAUUGAAUACAAAAAAGUACCUUGUGAGUACAAAAAACAAAAUUUGGCAGUUCGUGUUGAAGAAUCAAGCAAAAAAUCAAAUUAUUUAGCAAUUAAAUUUUUGUAUCAAGGUGGUCAAACAGAGAUAGUAGGUGUUGAUGUAGCUCAGGUUGGAUCGUCACAAUGGACAUACAUGAGUAGAAAUCAUGGGGCAGUGUGGGACACAAGUAGGGUUCCACAAGGAGCAUUGCAACUUAGGUUAGUGGUUACAGCAGGAUAUGAUGGAAAAUGGAUUUGGGCAAAAAAAGUGCUUCCAGCUGAUUGGAAAAAUGGAGUGAUAUAUGAUUCUGAUGUUCAGAUUACAGAUAUUGCACAAGAGGGUUGUUCAACAUGUGAUGAUGAUACAUGGUCAUGAUGAUUUAGGAGAAACUCAUAUGCUGAAUUGAAUUACUCACAUAACAUAUAUAUAUACAUUAUAGAUUUUAGGUGGCUUUAAUUUUUAUCAUACUGUGUAUUAUAGGGCUUACAAACCAACUCAUGUAAUACCCAGGAAUUAUUAUAUCUUAAUAAAAUUAAAGAGUUCUCUGUUGUAA